CCUCUGGUGGCUUUUCUUGGUCACCCUUCUCUUCGUGGCCCUCCUCCCAGGCCACAAGGUGCUGCUGAUGAUAAAGUUCUCAACUCUCCAUUCUGCAAGAUAUGGAGGGCUUGAGCUCAAGUUGAGAGGAAGCUCUGGCCUCAAGAGGUAGACGAGGUGGUGGUCACAGCCUGGUAUGGGGACAGUCAAAAGUUAGGAGAAGGGGUCAGUUCAAGAAGGGACUACAAGGUCACAUGGUGCCAAGUUUCAUCUGGAGGUCAGAGAAGCACACAUAUGCCUACUUCCCCACAAAAAAAAAAAAAAAAAAGUUGACCUUGAGUCAAUUCCGACUCACAGUGACUUCAUGUGUUACAAAGGAGAACUGCUCUGUAGGGCUUUCUUGGUUGUAAUCUUCAUGGAACCAUGGCACCACUGGGUGGCUUUGUUGGUAGCUGCCUGCGGGACAUUUGCACCACCAGGGAUUUACUUCCCUACCAAUCUCCUGACGUCCUUUAAGAAGCUCCAUCUCAGGUGUAGUAAUGGGGAAAAUGGAGCUUGGUCAAGGAUUUGCAAAAGAUGCCCAAAGUUCAGUAGAAUGCAUUGAGAACCAGGAGGGGACUCUGUCUCCCUUCCAGGCAGAGCACAAAUGCAGGUACUCAGAAAACAAGCAUCAGUUGAGUGAAUACACGGAUGGACGUGCUUCUCCACAGCAACUCCCUUCCCUGCACUGUGGGAACUUCAGACUCUGCUGCUUCUCUGCCUUCUAGGACCUUACUUGAGAGAAGGAGAAAUACAGUAUAGCAAGCUUUAUAAGCCUCCCCUUGCUGACUGCCUGCCUCCCACCCUCCCCUCCACACCACCGCAUGAGGUCUCAGGACAAGGCCUGGAGCUUCCCAGUGGGACUGGGGCUCAUCCCACCUCCCAAGGAAGGAAGAUCUAGGGGACCUGAAUCCAACCCUCAUGUCUAAGUUCUCAUGGGUUCUACUUUUCUCCCUGUUAUCCAAAGACCAAUUUUCAAGCUUAAGUUUGUUUUCUGAAUCUGUAGAGGGACCAGAGCCCACCAUUUUACUAUGACCACUGAUAGUGUGAGUCAGGGAUUCCAAUAGGGCACAGCAAGAGUGGCUUAUCUCUGCUGCAUGUUGUCUGGGACCUCAGCUGGGAAGAUUCAGCUAGGAGUGAUUUGGCUGCUGUGGGCUAGAAUCCCCUGGAAGCUUCUCUAAUUAUAUAGUGAUGGAAUCUGGCUAUGGGCUGGCAUCUUAGCUGACCUGUGGGCUAGAACUCCUAUAUGUGUCUUUGCUAUGUAGUCUCUGUGUGUACAAGUUCGGGCCUCCUUGUAGUGUUGUGGCUAGAUUCCAAAAAUGAGCAUCCCAAAAGAGCAAGGUGGAAAUACAGAGAAUUUGUAUGGUCUAGCCUAAGACAUCACAGAGCAUCACUUCGACUGUAGUCGCAGCCUGCCCAGGUUCAGGAGAAGGGAACAGACACCCACUCCACAUGGAAGGAGUGUCGAGAGCAAGUGGGACAGGAGUAUCUUUGUGGUCAUCUCUGGAAAACACAAUCUGUCAUCCUUCAAAAGAGGGGUUCAGGUUGGAUGAUGGAUGUCACAGGGAACGCUAUUGUUAAAUCCUUGUCAAGACCCCUGCAUGGAACCUCUCCCAGAAGAAAAAAAAAGCUAGAAUAGUUAGAUCUCAAGGGACAAGGAAAACUUGUCAUGUCUUGGAUUUCCCCACUAGUUUUGUCGCUUCUCAUCACAAAUGUACAGUCAGCCUCUAGGAAGGAGGCAGGGACCUGAAACAGAGAAGAAAGCAAGUCACAGACAGCAGUGCCUGGCGAUGGGCCCACAGAAGUGAAGAGCUCAGGGUUCAGAGGCUCUGGACACCAUAGUGUGAGCUGGACAUUGCUGUUCAGAAGUGGGAAGAGGAGGCACAUUCUUGGUGUUGGCAUGGCUCCUGCCAUCCGCUCUCCCCACAGCUGACCCCAGGCUGGGGGGCAGACAGGAGAGGCACCCCUGCUCCUAGAUGUGUUUCUAGGUGUGUUGCUCUCCCUGUAGGCUGAUCACCCUUAGUCCCCUUCUCCCCUCUUCCGCCACAGGCUUCCUCCAUCCUCUAAAACGGAAACCACAAGCUCCUCCCAGGGUCUAACUCCUUGCUCAGUUACAGCUACUUCCCCUGCAAGAAGAAAGGAGGAGCUCCCUGCACUGUGGGCGGGGACUGGUUGCAAAUCCAGGGGCCUUCAGUAGCAUGACUGAGGCUCAUUGUAACCACUGAUACCACUGGAGAGGGGAAAACAGGGCCCCCAUCCCCUGGGGCCUCCACCAAAACACAGUGCUGGCCCUAAGGAGCUGUCCCCCUGACUCCAGCUGUGCAGCUUAUCUGAUCCCAGAUGUUGUGCAGGUACAGGAGGUUGAACACACCUUCCACCACUGCAAGGUUCUGGGGCAGAAGCCUUUACCCAGCCCAUGUCCCCAGGGCUCCUGGAUGAGGACGGGCACAAGAGUCCCUGAGAUGGCAUGUAGGGCCAGGGGACAGAGCCUGGGCACUAAAGAUGGUGUCUGUCUUCUAUUUCACAAUCUAGAAGCAGAAACUGCCCUAAUCCUAUAGACAUUUCCUCCCAUUACUUCCUCUGACACCGCAGGAGAAAAGGCUGCAUCUCUCCCUGCAGAGCAGAGUCCAGGGCCUCCCCAGAGCAACACUGGCACAGAGCAAGCUCCAGGGACAACUACAAUGCCUGUCUCUGCCUCCCAGCCCUGCCUGCCUCGGCCUUCCCUGAUGCUGUCUUUGCUGCUGGGACUCGCAGGAGCGGCAGGUGAGCAGGAGCUGCAGGUGACUCAGCGUGAGACAUCGGUGUCAGUCACAGCUGGAGAGGCAGUCACUCUGCCCUGCGUCGUCUCCUCUCCGCAACCCGUGGGGCCCGUCCAGUGGUUCAAGGGGAACGGGCCAGAUCGGCAGUUAGUCUACAGUUUCAAAGGAGGCCUAGACCGCGUACGCCUCUUCCCCCGAGUAACAAGUGUUACAGACCAGACAAUAAGAGGCAACAUGGACUAUUCCAUCCGCAUCAUGGACAUGUCAACUGAGGAUUCUGGCAUCUACUACUGUGUGAAGUUCAGGAAAGGGAGCCCUCAGGACGUGGAGUUUAAGUCUGGUCCAGGCACCCUGGUGACUGUGAAUGCUAAGCCCUCCCCUCCAAAGGUCUCUGGCCCCUCCAAGAGGACCAGCCCUGGCCAGGUAGUAAAUCUCACCUGCACGUCAACUGGCUUCUUUCCCAGAAACAUCAGGCUGAAAUGGCUUGAAAAUGGCAUGGAGAUUCCAGCCCUUCAGACCCUAGUCCUCCCACCUGGAGACGCCUCCUCCUACACUGUCAUCAGCACCGCCCAAGUGACCCUCACCAUCUCCUCACUCCACUCCCAGGUCACCUGCCAAGUGGCUCACAGCGAAUUGCAGGGCCUGCUCAGUGGGCAUGUGACCAUGUCGCAGUUCCUCCAAGUUAUGCCCACAGUGAGUGCAUCAGCACACCCCAUCCCAAGUCUGCAGGCAGCCAUCCUCAUCUGUCACGUGCAAAGGUUCUACCCAGAAGGUGCACACAUCACCUGGCUGGAAAGGAACCAUGGCUUCGAGACCUGUGAAGCCCUUGCCCCCACCACAAACCCAGAUGGCACAUUCAGUCAAGACAGCCAUCUCCUGGUCAACACCUCAGAGUGGGAAGACAAGAGGCUGUUCACCUGCCAGGUGCGGCACAAUGCCCAGCCACCAAUCCAGGCCAGCAUGAAGCUGAGCGAGCUUAGAGAGAAAGAGCAAGCGAGUCUGGGCCCCAGAGCGUCCAGCUCCCUCUAUGGGAUGGUCCUCCUUCUUUGCUGGAAGUUGUUUUCCCUGACUGUACUUUCAACCCUCUAUAUAGUCAGGAGGACCCUCCCUUCCAGAAAGACUCACCUAGGACGGGGCACUGCUGUGACACCUGUAGCUGUUACCCCAGCUUCUUCUGCCUCGGCUGCCUUCUGAGACCUGUUCGGCCCUAGCUGUCCCUCCCUUUCUCCCAAUUCCCACGUCCUGCAGCCCCCAGAGAAAGUGAAAGCCUGGACCAGGAAGUAAUCCAGUUCCUCCUCACGCAGCUGUUUCCCUUACUAAGGCUAUACCAUGAGACUUACUGCCUUGAGGAAGGAGCCUGAGGAAUCCCAGCUAGAACAAAGACCAUCUGUUAGAGAAGAGCGCUGUGGUGUCAGAAAGUCCCUACCAGAUGGAAGAAGGGGAAAACCUCUCCUUGUGAACUGAUAGAGGGCAGGAAAAAAAGAGGAAGAGAAGGGCAGGAGUUGAGAUGCUAAGGGCCUGGCAGUAGGAUGGGGUCAAAACCUUGGAGUGGGGUGACCAUGGAAUAUGAUAGAAACCCCAGGGAUAUUUAGGGAUUCCCAAAGCAGAAGGGACCAUGACCUGCUUUCCAGAGUACCCAGGAUGCCACAGACCGCACAGAGGGAACAUGUCCAACUUGGCUUCCGAGUAGUAGAUGAGAAAUAGUUAAGGUAAGAACAUCUCCAGAAAGUGGCACUAGAAACUGGUAAGUAUAGUUAACUCUAAGGGGGGUGUUAUGGAUUGAACUGUGUCUGGGCAAAAGAUAUGCUGGAAUCCUAAAUCCUAUGCCUGUGGAUGUAAUCCCAGCUGGGAAUGGGGUUUUCCUUGUUCUGUUAAUGAGACCAUAUCAGUGUAGGGUGUGUCUUAAACCUAAGCACUUUUAAAAUAUAAAAAGAGCAGAUUAGGCACAGAGACAAACAAGCACAGAUGGAGGAAAGACAGACGCCAUGUGCAGAUCAACAAGCAAUCCUGAGAAGAAUGCUUGAGGAGCUGAGGCCAGGAUUUUCCUCCAGAGCAGACAAAGAGCACCUUUCCCUGGAGUCAGCACUGUAAUUCAGACUUCUAGUCUCUUAAACUGUGAGAAAAUAAAUUUCUAUCUUUUAAAGCCACCCACUUGUGGUAUUUCUGCCACAGCAGCACUAGAUAACUAAGAUGGGGGGUAAUAAUGUGUCUAGGACCCCUAUAAAGGAGGCUUUGAAUCCUGCAAACAUUGAAUCCUGAGGAUGCCUGUGAGAGACAAAUUAUCAAAAUGUCCACAAUGUUUUACUCCCUCCCUGUAUCCCGACCCUUUACUAUAUGACUUUGAAGCUCCUCCCACCAAGUGGUGACAUCUAUCUUCCCAUCUCUUGAGCCUGGCCUGGCCUCAUGAUUUACUUUGGCCAACAGAAUGUGGCAGAAGUGACAUAGUGCCUUACAGCUAACACUCUCUCUCAAAACUCUGCCACUCCCAUGUGAACAAGCCUGGGCUCGCCUCUUGGAAGAUGAGAGACCAUGUGGAGGACAGCUGAGGAACCCCAGGCGACAGUCUGCCAAACCUACAGUAGCUGAGUCACUAGGCCAACCUGCAGCUGACUUCAUGCACAUGAGCAAUCCAGCCAAGCAUCACUGAGAUCAGAUGAGCCACCCAGCAGAGCCACAUAACCAUGAAUUAAAUAAAUGGUUAUUGUUCUAAGCCAUUAAGUUUUAAGGUGGCUUGUUAUGCAGCAAUAGCUAACUGAUACAAUGCCUUACCUACCAAAAUAAAUAAAAGUAUUUCUAAGUAAAAUUUGAGAAGAAAAAAGUAACUGACAAAGGAAUCCACAUAGAUGAGCAAGUGAUUCAGAAUUACCCCUGUGGGGAUGAAGUGGAAGUGCUGGGGGCCUGAUGGAUGGAAUUGUUUCGGCCUGUAGUCAGUUCAAAGAGGCUCCAAUACAUGGGUCUCCCGAACAGGAGGGCAGGUACAGAGAGCCACGGGAGUUAGCAGUGGUUCCAUGGCAAAGCCCUAUCUUACUUUCCUAGUACUGCUGUAACAGAAAUACUACAGGUGGAUGGAUUCAAAAAACAGAAAUUUAUUCUCUCACAGUUCUGAAAGUUAAAAGUCCCAAUCAGGGUCUAAGCCAUGUCAACUCCUUCCUCAUCAGCAGCCCUGGGCAUUCCUUGGUUUCUUGGCUUGUAUAGGAUCCUCACGUGGCAUCUGCCUUCCCCUGUGCGUACCUGUGUAUCACUGACUAAUUUGCUCUUUUCAUAACUCAGAAGUGAUUAGAUUUAGAACGCACCUCACUCAGUCGUGGAGCCCUGGUGGCGCAGUGGUUAAGAGCUAUGACUGCUAACCAAAAGGUUAGCAGUUGAAAUCCACCAGCCACUCCUUCGAAACCCUAUGGGGCAAUUCUACUCUGUCCUAUAAGGUUGCUAUGAAUCAGAAUGGACUCCAUGGCAAUGGGUUUGGUUUUUGGUUUUCACUUGGGUAUGAUCUAAUUAACAUAACAAGGAAAAUCCCUCAGGUAUAGGUGCUAGGAUUCCAGCACAUAUCUUGGGGAGGGGAGGAUUCAAUCCAUAAUAGCCCCAAAGGGCCAGACAUGAGCAGUCACACCUCAUCAGACUCUGCAAAAUUCUCAGGGACCAGACCAACCUCCUUCAGACCCCCAAGGACCCAGGAGACAGCACCCAGAUCCAAAGCCUCUCAUCCUGCCCCAGGAGGCAACUUCAGUUUUCUUUGUACCCAAGAACCAUCUGGAAUUAAAAGGAGGAAGGCAAACACUGAAAGCCUGAGCUAUUUUUCAGAAAAGACUGAGUUAAUCUAAAAGUGAAUGAGGGUGGUUUACGGAGUGCUUACCCACACACCUUACAUGCAACCAUAGUUUUAUUCCUGUUUUACAGAUCAGGAAACUGAGGCACAAAGUCUUACCUAAUUGUCCUACGAUCACACAGCCAGAUACGGGUAGAGCCAAGAUUGAACCCAGAAAGGUCUGAACCUGGAAAGGCCUACAAUAGCUCUAAUUGCAAAUUUAAGCUUCCCUUCCAGAUAGGGAAACCUUGGUGGCACAGCGGUUAAGAGUUCAGCUGCUAACCAAAAGGUUGGCAGUUUGAAUCCACCGGCCACUCUUUGGAAACCUACGGGGCAGUUCUACUCACCCUAUAGGGCCACAAUGAGUUAGAGUUGACUCUACGGCAACAGAUUUGGUUUUGGUUUUUUUCUUCCUGGUAGCCACCAUGAUGGGGCUCCCGUGGGAGUUUAGACAAGUUGUAGAAAAUUAAGAUGCUACAAACAGAAGUUUUUGGGCAAUCUGAGUGUGCUAGAUUUGGAUCCCAGGAAACAGAGGUUUAGAAGGUUGCCCAUAAUUAUACACUUAGGGAUAAAGGCUGUGCUUUCCCUGCACUGCCAAAAGGAAGCUUCCAGGAGGCAGGGUGAAGAUAGCAGAGUAGUCAGACACUUUUGGUGAACCCUCUUACAACAAAUACCUGAAAAAAAAAGUGAAACAAUUAUAUUUAUGACAAGCUAAGAGCCUAAACAUCGAAGGCAAAGUUAGAAAAUGGACUGAGCAGCAGGGGGAGGGAGAGACAGUUCAGGAGCGGAGAGGAGUUGCCAGACCUGAAUUGCCAGGAACCCCCAGGCACCAGUCCUGGGAGCGACGGUGGUAGCGUUAGUCUGCAGUUUCCUCAGGAAGAAACAGCCACCCGCACAGCCUACUCACACCUCCGGAACCAGAGAAGAAUAGCGCACUCAGCAAAAGCUAAGUACUUAUGUACAUUUUACCAUGCCACCAGCCCCCAAGCCGGCUUCAGUGGCUGUCGAUUUCCCUGGGCCUGAGAUAGGUCCUGCUGAGCACUCUGAGCCAUUCUGCUGGCCUUGGAAAGGGAAUAAACUCACAAUUAGGGGAAAAGAUAAUCUGCUAGCUCCACUAACCUGGAGAGCUCAGGACAGAAGCGGCUCCUGCCCAGGCAUAAAUGGCCCGUGACUUUGAAUAUCUUUCCCCCCUGCAUGGACCUGUGUGAGCCUAUUUCAGGAGAAUAGGCCCUUGUUGGCAGACUGCAACUGUUUCAGCUGUGCAGUAGAGAGGUGGGUGUUUGAUGUUUGACACCACUGCCUAUUAAACAGAGUCCUCACCUACCCACAUCAGGGGCCUAAGGACUAGUGGCUCCACUCAGGUCACCCAGCCACCUGUGACAGAAGUCCGAGAAUAACUGGUACCUCCCAGUCCUCACAACCAAAAGCAUUGGGUGCUCAUGGUCCAUCUGUAGAACCCACCCACCUGUGCACUCAAGGGAACAAUCUGCUUUCCUCACAGACACUCAGGGGAUGGUUGUCAGCCCCCUGUCUUGUUCAGAGCAUGAGCCCCUGCUGCAACCAGAUACUGGUACCUACACCAGUCACCUCUGCCUCCUAAGACUGUAGGACAGGGCUUCUACCACAUACUUGAUGAUCAACUACCUGGACACCUGAGCUGAAUCCAUACAAGAAAAAUGAAUGGACUCCUAGGCUGAUAUACGUGAUAACAGCUCUAGUCAUCUGACGACAGGACAUUACAGCUUCAAAGGUGAAAAUAAUCAAGCUAGCUCACUGAAGCAACCUAUUUGGGCAUAUCAAAACAAAACAAAGCAAGAAGCUAGGAUACAGUAAGCAAACAUAAAAUAAACUAAUACAAUAACUUAUUGAUGGCUCGGAGAAAAAGUCAAUAUCAAAUCACAUAAAGAAGCAGACCAUGAUCACUUGAACAAGCUCUCAAAACAGAGAAUCAAGGGAUCUUCUGGAUGAAGGUGCAUUCCUGGAAUUAUUGGAUGCAAAAUACAAAAGAUUAAUAUACAGAACUCUUCAAAACAUCAGGAAUGAGAUCAGGCAAUACACAGAACAAGCCAAGGAAUACACAGAUAAAGCAGUUGAAAAAAUUAGAAAGGUUAUUCAAGACCAUAAUGAAAAAUUUAAUAAGCUGCAAGAAUCCAUAGAAAGACAGCAAUCAGAAAUUCAGAAGAUUAACAAUAAAUUACAGAAUUAGACAACUCAAUAGAAAGCCAGAGGAGCAGAAUUGAGCAAGUGGAAGGCAGAAUUGGUGAGAAUGAAGAUAAAGCACUUGGCACCAACAUAUUUGAAGAAAAAUCAGAUAAAAAAAAAAGUUUUUAAAUGAAGAAAACUUAAGAAUCAUGUGGGACUCUAUCAAGAGAAAUAAUCUAUGAGUGAUUGGAGUACCAGAACAGGGAGGGAUAAUAGAAAAUACAGAGAGAAUUGUUGAAGAUUUAUUGGCAGAAAACUUCCCCGAGAUCAUGAAAGAUGUGAAGAUAUCUAUCCAAGAUGCUUAUUGAACUCCACAUAAGGUAGAUCUUAAAAGAAAUUCACCAAGACAUAUUAUAAUCAAGUUUGCCAAAACCAAAGAUAAAGAGAAAAUUUUAAGAGCAGCUAGGGUAAACAAAAAGUCACCUACAAAGAAGAGUCAAUAAGAAUAAGCUCGGACUACUCAGCAGAAACCGUGCAGGCAAGAAGGUAAUGGGGUGACUUAUAUAAAGCAUUGAAGGAAAAAAAUUGCCAGCCAAAAAUCAUAUAUCCAGCAAAACAGUCUCUCCAAUAUGAAGGCAAAAUUAGGACAUUUCCAGAUAAACAGAAGUUUAGGGAAUUUGUAAAAAAACAAACCAAAACUAUAAGAAAUACUAAAAGGAAUUCUCUGGCUAGAAAAUCAAUUAUAUCAGAUGCAACCCAAGACCAGAACACUGGACAGAGCAAUCAGAUGUCAACCUAGACAGGGAAAUCAAAAAAUAAAUCAAGAUUUAAAAAAUGCUCAAAACAGGGAAAUGGCAAUGUCACUAUGUAAAAGAAGACAACAUGAAAACAAUAAAGAGGGACUAAGAAAUGUAGUCAUAGAUCUUUCAUAUGGAGAGGAAGACAAGGUGAUAUAAAGAAAUAAAAUUUAGGUUUAAACUUAGAAAAAUAGGAGUAAAUAUUAAGAUAACCACAAAAGAGACUAACAAUCUAACUUAUCAAAAUAAAAUACAAGAAAAAAAUAGACUCAACAGAAACAAAGUCAACAAAAACAAAUAAGAGGAAAAGUCAAUAUAUAAAGAUAAACUGCUCAGCACAAAAAAUUAAGUGGGAAAAAGAAAUUGUCAACAACACACCAAAAAAGACAUCAAAAUGACAGCCCUAAACUCACACCUAUCCAUAAUUAUGCUAAACAUAAAUGGAAUGCAUGCAUCAAUAAAGACACAGAGAGUGGCAGAAUGGAUAAAAAGAACACUCUCCAUCUAUAUGCUGUCUAUAAGAGACACACCUUAGACUUAGAGACACAAACUAAAACUCAAAGGUUAGAAAAAAUAUAUAUCAAGCAAACAACAAUCAACAAAGAGCAGGAGUGGCAAUAUUAAUUCCUGACAAAACAGGCUUUAAAGUUAAAUCCACCACAAAGGAUAAGGAAAGACACUACAUAAUGAUUAAAGGGACAAUAUACCAGGAGGAUAUAACCAUAUUAAAUAUUUAUGCACCCAAUGACAGGGCUAAAAGAUACAUAAAACAAACUCUAACAGCAUUGAAAAGUGAGAUAGCUCCACAAUUAUAGUAGGAGACUUCAACACACCAGUUUUGGUGAAGGACAGAACAUCCAGAAAAAAGCUCAAUGAAGACGCAGAAGAUCUAAACGCCACCAUCAACCAACUUGACCUCAUAGACAUUUACGGAACACUCCACCCAACAGCAGCCAAGUAUACUUCCUCUUCCAAUGCACAUGGAACAUUUUCUAGGAAAGACCACAUGUUAGGUCAUAAAGCAAGCCUUAGCAGAAUUCGACACAUCAAAACAUUACAAAGCAUCUUCUCUGACCAUAAGGCCAGAAAAGUAGAAAUCAGUAACAGAAAAAGCAGGGAAAAGAAAUCAAACUACUGGAAACUGAACAAUACCCUGCUCAAAAAUGACUAGGUUAUAGAAGAUAUGAAGGAUGAAAUAAAGAAAUUCAUAGAAUCCAAUGAGAAUGAAAACACUUUCUAUCAGAACCUUUGGGACACAGCAAAAGCAGUGCUCAGAGGUCAAUUUAUAUCAAUAAAUGCACACAUACAAAAAGAAGAAAGGGUCAAAACCACAGAAUCAUCCCUACAACUUGAACAAAUAGAAAGAGAGCAACAAAAGAAACCCUCAGGCACCAGAAGAAACCAAAUAAUAAAAAUUAGAGCAGAAUUAGAUGAAAUAGAGAACAGAAAAGCAAUUGAAAGAGUUAACAAGACCAAAAGCUGGUUCUUUGAAAAAAUUAACAAAAUUGAUAAACCAUUGGCCAAACUGACAAAAGAAAAACAAGAGAGGAAGUAAAUAACCCGAACAAGAAAUGAGAUGGGCAAUAUUGCAACAGACUCAACCGAAAUUUAAAGAAUCAUAUCAGAUUACUAUGAAAAAUUGUACUGCAACAAAUAUGAAAACCUAGAAGAAAAGGAUGAAUUUCUAGAAACACAUUACCUACCUAAACUAACACAAACAGACGUAGAACAGCUAAAUAAACCCAUAACAAAAGAAAAGAUUGAAAAGAUAACCAAAAAACUUCCAACACUGCAGUUCUAACAAACUUUCAAAGAAGAGUUAACACCACUACUACUAAGGGUAUUUCAGAGCAUAGAAAAGGACGAAACACUCCCAAACUCAUUCGAUGAAGCCAGUGUAUCCCUGAUACCAAAACCAGGAAAAGAAACCACAAAAAAAGGAAAAUUACAGACCUAUAUCCCUCAUGAAUUUAGAUGCAAAAACCUUCAACAAAAUUCUAGCCAACAGAAUUCAACAACAUAUCAAAAAAAAAUAACUCUCCAUGACCAAGUGGAAUUCAUACCAGGUAUCCAGGGAUGGUUCAACAUUAAAAAAACAAUUAACGUAAUCCAUCGUAUAAAUAAAACAAAAGACAAGAAUCAGAUGAUUUUAUCAGUUGAUGCAGAAAAGGCAUUUGACAAAGUUCAACACCCAUUCAUGAUUAAAAAAACUCAGCAAAAUAGGAAUAGAAGGAAAAUUCCUCAACGUAAUAAAGGGCAUUUAUACAAAGCCAAUAGCCAACAUCAUCCUAAAUGGAGAGAGUCUGAAAGCAUUCCCCUUAAGAUUGGGCACCAGACAAGGAUGCCAUUUAUCACCAUUCUUACUCAACAUUGCGCUCAAAGUCCUAGCCAGAGCUAUUAGGCUAGAUAAAGAAAUAAAGGAUGCCGAAAUUGGCAAAGAAGAAGUAAAGGUAUCUCUGUUUCCAGAUGACAUGAUCUUAUACAAAGAAAACCCUAAAGAAUCCUCAAGAAAAAUACUGAAACUAAUAGAUUUCAGCAGAGUAUCAGGAUACAAGAUAAACAUAAAAAAUCAGUUGGAUUCUUCUACACCGAUAAAAAGGACAUUGAAGAGGAAAUCACCAAAUCAAUACCAUUCACAAUAGCCCCCAAGAAGAUAAAAUACUUAGGAAGAAAUCUUACCGGAGACGUAAAAGACCUAUACAAAGAAGAGUAAAAGACAUUACUGCAAGAAACCAAAAGAAACCUACAUAAGUGGAAAACAUACCUUGGUCAUGGAUGAGAAGACUUAACAUUGUAAAAAUGCCUGUUCUACCAAAAGCAAUCUAUAGAUACAAUGCAAUUCUGAUCCAAAUUCCAACGACAUUCUUUAAUGAGAUGGAGAAACAGAUCACCAACUUCACAUGGAAGAGGAAAAGGCCCAGAUAAGUAAAGCAUUACCGAGAAAGAAAAACAAAGUGGGAGGCCUCACUCUACCUGAUUUGAAAACCUAUUAUACCACCACAGUUGUCAAAACAGCCUGGUACUGGUACAACAACAGAUACAUAGACCAAUGGAACAGAAUUGAGAAUCCAGACAUAAAUCCAUCCACAUAUGAGCAGCUGAUAUUUGACAAAGGCCCAAAGUCUGUUAAAUGGCGAAAAAACAGUCUGUUUAACAAAUGGUGCUGGCAUAACUGGAUAUCCAUCUGCAAAAAAAUGAAACAGGACCCAUACCUCGCACCAUGCACAAAAAAUAACUCAAAAGGGAUCAAAGACCUAAAUAUAAAAUAUAAAAUGAUAAAGAUCAUGGAAGAAAAAAUAGGGACAAUGUUAGGAGCCCUAAUGCAAGGCAUAAACAGUAUACAAAACAUUGCUAACAAUGCAGAAGAGAAACUAGAUAACUGGGAGCUCCUAAAAAUCAAACACCUAUGCUCAUCCAAAGACUUCACCAAAAGAGUAAAAAGAUUACCUACAGACUGGGAAAAAGUUUUUAGCUAUGACAUUUCCGAUCAGCGCCUGAUCUCUAAAAUCUGCAUGAUACUGGAAAAACUCAACUGCAAAAAGACAAAUAACCCAAUUAAAAAAUAGGCAAAGGAUACGAACAGGCACUUCACUAAAGAAGACGUUCCGGUAGCUAACAGAUGCCUGAGGAAAUGCUUAGGAUCAUUAGCUAUUAGAGAAAUACAAAUCAAAACAACAACGAAAUUCUACCUCACUCCAACGAGGCUGGCAUUAAUCCAAAAAACACAAAAUAAUAAAUGUUGGGGAGGUUGUAGAGAGACUGGAACAUUUAGACACUGCUGGUGGGAAUGUCAAAUGGUACAACCACCUUGGAAAUCGAUUCAGCACUUCCUUGAAAAACUAGAAAUAGAACUACCAUACAAUCCAGCAAUCCCACUCCUUGGAAUAUAUUCUAGAGAAAUAAGAGCCUUUAUGGGAACAGAUAAAUGCACAUUCAUGUUCAUCACAGCACUCUUUACAAUAGCAAAAAGAGAGAAGCAACCAAGGUGCCCAUCAACUGAUGAAUGGAUAAAUAAAUUAUGGUAUAUUCACACAAUGAUGAAUCUGUGAAACAUUUCAUAACAUGGAGGAAUCUGGAAGGCAUUAUCCUGAGGGAAAUUAGCUGCAAAAGGACAGAUAUUGUACGAGGCCACUAUUAUAAGAACUCGAAAAAAAAUUUAAACAGAGAAAAAAAUAUUCUUUGAUGCUUACGAGAGUGGGGAGGGAGGGAGGGAGAGGAGGGAGAGGGGUUUUCACUAAUUAGAUAAUAGAUAACUAUUUUAGGUGAAGGGAAAGACAACACGCAAAAUAGGAGAGGUCAGCAUAACUGGACUAAAGCAAAAGUAAAGAAGUUUCCUGAAUAAACUGAAUGCUUUGAAGGCCCAAGAAGCAGGGGCAGGGGUUUGGGGACCAUGGUUUCAGGGGACAGCUAAGUCAAUCGGCGUAGUAAAAUCUGUUAAGAAAACAUUCUGCAUUCCACUUUGGAGAGUGGCGUCUGCGGUUUUAAAUGCUAGCAAGCAGCCAUCUAAGAUGCAUCAAUUGGUCUCAUCCCACCUGGAGCAAAGGAAAAUGAAGAACACCAAAGACACAAGGUAAUUAUGAGCCCAAGAAACAGAAAGGGCCAUAUAAACCAGAGACUACAUCAACCUGAGACCAGAAGAACUGGAUGGUGCCUGGCUAUAACCGAUGACUGCCCUGACAAGGGAACACAACAGAGAACCCCUGAGGGAGCAGGAGAGCAGUGGGAUGCAGACCUCAAAUUCUAGUAAAAAGACCAGACUUAAUGGGCUGACAGAUACUAGAAGGAUCCCGGAGGUCAUGGUCCCCAGACCUUCUGUUAGCCCAAGACUGGAACCACUCCCAAAGCCAACGCUUUAGGCAGGGAUUGGACUGGACUAUGGGAUAGAAAAUGAUACUGGUGAAGAGUGAGCUUCUUGGAUCAAGUAGACACAUGAGACUAUAUGGGCAGCUCCUGUCUGGAGGGGAGAUAAGAGGGCAGAGGGAGUCAGAAGUUGACCGAAUGAACACGAAAAGGAAGGGUGGAGAGAAACUAGGAGUAUAUAGCAAGAUGUAUAUAAAUUUUUGUAUGAGAGACUGACUCAAUUUGCAAACUUUCACUUAAGGCACAGUAAAAAUUAAAAAAAAAAAAAAAUGCCUCCCUGGGGCAGUCAUGGGAAGAAGUCCUUCUUCUUAAGCAAAGGCCACCUCCUCUUUUUCCUACGCAUUAUGAAUAAUGAUGGCUAAUAGGUUUAGCCUUUACAUUGUGCUGAGCCCUCACAAGGUCCCUGGGUGGCACAGUUUACACUCCACUACUAACCUAAAGGUUGGUGAUUUGGACACGUCCAAUGGCACCACAGAAGAAAGACCUCGUGAUCUGCUCCCAUAAAGGUUACAGACAAGAAAAACCCUAGGAAGCUCAGUAAUACAUGGGGUCCCUAUGAGUUAGAAUCAACUUAAUGGCAAUGGGUUUGGCUUUUUUUCUUUUUUUGAGCCCUCCCACUCAUAUCAUCCUCAAAACACCUUUCUGAGGUUGGGACUGUUACUUAGCCCAUUUUGCAGACAAGGAAACAAAGGCUCAGAGAUGGCAAGAUGAUUUUUACAAGGCCACACAGCCAUGAAGUUGCAGCCGCAAGGUUUGAUGCAAAGUUGGCCUAACUCCAGAAUGCAUACCCUUGCAGCUGUGCCCUCGCCCCCUGCUAGGUGCCUAGGACAAGGCUUGUGGCAAGGGGUCAUUAUGGCUUUGACCAUGAUUACAAGAACCACAUUCAUGACACAGAAGCCGGAAAUCCCUCCACCCAGCUCCUUCCUCUUGCGCCAGAGCCUUCUCCUGCUGUGGUGAAAACACUUCCCCAAGUAGCUGUGGCCAAGAGAACAAGAAACAGCCUUGUUCACAUGCUCCACCGUGGACUCCAGCACCCACCAGACAGCAGAACAGCAGUACCGUGUGCCCUCGCAAUGCCCACCUCUCCCUACCUGGUCCACUUGACUUCCUUCCACCUGUUGCUGGCACUGUUCCUUGUCUUCUCAGAGUUAUGGUUAUUUUACACUAUGACAUUUUUUGUGUCAGAAGCAGAAAUUCGAAGGUGCAUUAUCUUUUGCGACCCCCGAGGUGCCAAGGAUCCAGGCUCUGGUCUCCGUCUCUAUGGGCUUCGGGAGUCGCUUUAAGAACCACGGACAAUGCCAAUUCUGAGGGCAACUCAGAACCACCUUCCAGGACUCCUGCCCGUUACAUGAACAAACAUUUUGAUCCCUUAACAUGCAAGUUCUUGCGUGUUUGGCCUUCAUCAGAGAUAGUUGGGAAAAUCAGUGGAUAAAAAAAUCAGUGGAUAGUUUGGCUAAAUUAACUAAACAAAGUAAAAGUUGCAAGGUCAAUCAAAACUACAGUGUGAUACCAUCUCACUCCAACAAGGCUGGCAUUAAUCCAAAAAACACAAAAUAGUAAGUGUUGGAGAGGUUGUGGACAGACUGGAACACUUAUACACUGCUGGUGGGGAUGUAAAAUGGUACAACCACUUCAGUAAUCGAUCUGGCACUUCCUUAAAAAACUAGAAAUAGAACUACCAUAUGAUCCAGCAAUCCCACUCCUUGGAAUAUAUCCUAGAGAAAUAAGAACCUUUACACAUAUAGAUAUAGCCACACCCAUGUUCAUUGCAGCACUGUUUACAACAGCAAAAAGAUGGAAGCAACCAAGGUGCCCAUCAACUGAUGAAUGGAUAAAUAAAUUAUGGUAUAUUCACACAAUGGAGUACUGCACAUCGAUAAAGAACAAUGAUGAAUCCGUGAACUAUAACAUGAAGGAAUCUGGACGGCAUUACGCUGAGUGAAGUUAGUUGCAAAAGGACAAAUAGUGUAUGAGGCCACAAUUAUAAGAACUCAAGAAAUAGUUCAAACAAAGAAGAAAAUAUUCUCUGAUGGUUACUAGGGUAGGGAGCAAGGGAGGGAGAGGGGUACUCACUAAUUAGAUAAGAACUAUUUUAGGUGAAGGGAAAGGCAACACACAGUACAUGAGAGAUCAGCACAACUGGACUAAACCAAAAGCAAAGAAGUUUCCUGAAUACAACCCAACACUUCCAAGGCCAGAGUAGCAGGGGCAGGGGUCUGGGGACCAUGGUUUCAGGGGACAACUAGGUCAAUUGGCAUAAUAAAAUCUAUUAAGAAAACAUUCUGCAUCCCACGUUGGUGAGUGCCAUCUGAGGUCUUAAAUGCUAGCAAGUGGCCAUCUAAGACACAUCAGUUGGUCUCAACCCACCGGGAGCAAAGGAAAAUGAAGAACACCAAAGACACAUGGUAAUUACAAGCCCAAGAGACAGAAGCGGCCACAUAAAUCAGAGACUACAUCAGCUGGAGACCAGAAGAACUAGAUGGUGCCCGGCUACAACCAAUGACUGCCCUAACAGGGAACACAACAGAGAAUUCCUGAUGGAGCAGGAGAGCAGUGGGAUGCAGACCUCAAAUUAUUGUAAAAAGACCAGGCUUAAUGGUCUGACUGAGACUAGAGGGAUCCUGGAGGUCCUAGUCCCCAGACCUUCUGUUAGCCCAAGAUUGGAAUCAUUCCCAAAGCCAACUCUUCAGACAGGGAUUGGACUGGACUAUGAGAUAGGAAAUGAUACUGGUGAGGAAUGAGCUUCUUGGCUCAAGUGGACAAGUGAGACUAUGUGGGCAGCUCCUGUCUGGAGGGGAGAUUAGCAGGCAGAGGGGGACAGAAGCUGGCUGAAUGGACACGGGGAAUACAGGGUGGAGAGAAGGAGUGUGCUGUCUCAUUAGGGGGAGAGCAAAUAGGAGUACAUAGCAAAGUGUAUAAAAUUUUUAUAUGAGAGACUGACUUGAUUUGUAAACUUUCACUUAAAGCACAAUAAAAAUAAAAGAAAAUAUAAUAAUUUCCUACCUCCUGAUAGUAUUAUUAAAUUGUAUUAUAAUAUUUCUUCAAAGAACUUACUCUGAUUCAUGAUUAAUAAGCACUUAUAUAAAUUGAGGAAACCCUGGUGGCGUAGUGGUUAAAUGCUACGGCUGCUAACCAACAGGUUGGCAGUUCAAAUCCUCCAGGUGCUCCUUGGAAACUCUAUGGGGCAGUUCUACUCUGUCCUAUAGGGUCGCUAUGAGUUGGAAUCAACUCAACGGCAACAGAUUUUAGCAGAAUAUUCCCAGGAAUUAAUAAAAGUGAAUUCAUUCUGACAAAAGUUUUUGUGUACUGUAAUAUAUCAACUUAACAGCAAUUUCUAAGAUCUCAUGGACAGAGACUGGCUGUUCCAAGAUAAGAAAGAGAAAAAGCAUAGAAAUAGAAUUUGAAUGCAUAUAGAAAGUUGUCUUAGUUAUCUUGUGCUCCUAUAACAGAAAUACUAAAAAUAGAUGGCUUUAACAAAGAGGAAUUCAUUUCCUCACAGUAAAGAGGGUUAAAAGCCAAAAUUCUAGGCAUCAGCUCCAGGGGAAGGCUUUCUCUCUCCGUCGGCUCUGGAGGAAGGUCCUUGUCCUCAAUCUUCCCCUGGUCAAGGAGCUUCCCAGGCACAGGGACCUUGGGUCCAAAGGACCUGCUCUGCUUCUGGUGCUAUUUUCUUGGUGAAUGAGGCCCCCCGUCUUUCUACUCACUUCUUUUAUAUUUCAAGAGAUUGCCUCAAGACACAAUCCAAUCUUGUAGAUUGAGUCUUGCCUCACUAACACAACUGCGGCCCAUCCUCUCUCAUUAACAUUAUAGAGGCAAGAUCUACAACAUACAGGAAAAUCACAUAAUACUGGGAAUCAUGGCCCAGCCAAGUUGAUACACACACUUUUGGGGGGACAUAAUUCAAUCCAUGACAAAAGUUAUAGAAGGUCAGAGGAAAGCGAGGUAGGAAGUUGUGGGAAAUUUUAUGCUAAAGAAGUAAGACUAAACUGAUGCUACAGAGAGAAGGUAUAUCUGUACAUGUGUUUGGGUCUAUUAGUGAAUAUGUUCAUUUUUUGAAGCAUUGUGCUGUGGGAAAUAUACAACAAAGAGAAGAAGAUUGAAAGACUUGUUAAAGAGGAAUUUGUUUGAUGUAGUCGAAGUUCUUGUUUGCUGUGGGUAAAAGUUUGAUGGGUUAAUUCAUGAGAAUUUUUUAAAACUUUAACGUCAAAUAGCAUAUAAAACAAAGAAUUGGGUUUCUUGCUGUUAAGAUAACAAAAUUUUCCUCAAUUACUGGAUUGAAUAAUUAAUUUUAUUCUUUGUGCAAUCUGUCCUAAAAGCAAGAAUUCAACAGAAUAAAUUCCUGAAACAAAAACCAAGAUGCAUGGCUUUAAAAUUUUUUACCUUUAAGAUCUUUCUUUAAAUAACUCAAGUAUUGUUCCUCAGUGAUAUAUGAUCAACUCCUGACAAUUUUGAAACGUUGUAGGAAAGCCACAAAAGAUUUGUUUUUAUGUUAUAAAGAGAAAAACACUUAAAAAGUUUAUUUAAUACGUUAUGAGUUACUUGAAACAUAUUGUCAAAUCAGGAGAACUGCCAAGUUUUCUUUCAGUUAAAAUUUAUAUGCCAGUGGUGUUCCUCUGAUAUUAGAAAAUCUUAAUAUAUUCUUGGUAUAUCCUGACUAGUAUUAUGUCUCAAGAUUAUUAGCGGAGCCCUGGUGGCCCAGUAGCUAACAGCUCUGCUGCUAUUCAAAAGGUCAGCAGUUGGAAUCCACCAGCCACUCCUUGGAAACCCUAUGGGGCAGUUCUACUCUGUCCUAUAGAGUUGCUAUGGGUUAGAAUCAACUUGACGGCAAUGGGUUUGCUUUUGGUAUAUCUAAAGCUCUAUGAAAAUUAAGUUAAUUAUUAUGUUUAAAAUAUUUUCAUCUUAAGUUUUUUUUUAAUUGACUUUAUUUGGCUUUGCAUUAGCUAUGUAGUUCAUUUCCAUCAAGUCUUCCACUUUUAAGAAUUAUUAUUAUUUUAAGUUAAGAGCUACAGCUGCUAACCAAAAGGUUGGCGGUUCAUAUCCACCAGCUGCUUGUUAGAAACUCUAUGGGGCAGUCCUACUCAUCCUAUAGGGUCGCCGUAAGUCAGAAUUGACUUGAUGGCAACAAGUAUAGCCAUUUUUAAGUUUGUCAUUUGCAGGUAAGUUCUAUCUAACCUAUUCAUUGAAAAUGCUUGUCUUAGGCUAGGUUCUCUAGAGAAGCAAAACCAGUAAUGCAUAUAAAUAUAUAGAGAUUUAUAUCAAGGAAACAGUUCACGCAAUUGUAGGGGUUGGAACGUCCCAAGUCCUUGGAUCAGGAUAGAGUCCUUUCCCAAUUCAUGGAGCCAAUGAAGUUAGUGAAUCCAAGAUGAGCAGAUCAGAGGGCAGGGCUCCCACUCACAGGUUGUGACGGUUGAGGAAUCUCCAAGGUUGGCAGGCAAGACCGCAAUAUUUCUCCUAAGUCACUUAGCUGCAGGGGCUGGUGAACCCAGCAUAGCCAGGUCGGGGAGCAGGACUAUUGCUCACAGACUGUGAAGAUUGGCAAAUCCCAAGAUGUACAGGUAAGCUGCCAGCUCAAGCCCCAAGAACGAGAGGUCAGACAAGAGACAGCUGCUGGAUGCAGAACAAGCCAACAGCCAUCGCAAGGCAAGCAGGAAGAAGUAGGCAGAAGAAGGUGGAGAGAUGAAGGCUGAGGGGGCUGUGAGCCACCACAGGCCCCACCCCAGGCCAGUACCACUCAGCAGACUCCAUCAAGAGAGUGAUCAAAUACCUAAUUUCAACAGGAAAGUGAUCACAACAUUAUACAACUGCCAAAACACUGAGAAUCAUGGCCCAGCCAAGCUGACACACAAUCUUAACCAUCACAAUGCUUAACCAAAAUAUUUCAACAAAAAUGAACUAUAUCAGACUUACGUAGAAAGAAUUCUACCUUGGAGUCAUUUAUUUCAACUUAAGAAUGCCAAAACAUCUUUUUGGACAAGUCAGCCUUCUGGGGAAUUAAAAACUUUAUUCAAACACACCAGUAGCCAGAAGCAGACUACAUCUGAAGUAGACAGCUGAUCCCAAAAUCACUGAAAAAGAUCUCAUGUAUAUUGCUGAAUUUUAUGGAUUUUAUUUAGUAUUUGUAACAAUCCUUGUGCUCUUAGUUUUAUUAUAUACUUAAUAAAGAAGAAUCUAUGUCAUUGCUAAUACUUCUUAUUAAAACCAAACCCAUUGUCAUUCAGUUGAUUCUGACUCAGAGCAACCCUAUAAGACGGAGUAGAACUGCCCCGUAGGGUUUCCAAGGAGCAGCUGGUGAAUUUAAACUGUCGACCUUUUGGUUAGCAGCCUAAAGCUUAACCACUGCACUGCCAGGGUUCCAUACUUCUUAUUAUGACUAUGUAAAUACUACAGGAGAAAUAGAAAAAGAAAUCAGAAAAAUUCUCCAAAAGGCUACGUAGCUUCAUUCAACACCUUCUAUUCUUCAUAGUUUUAAGUUGGUUACCUAAUGAUAUUGGCUCUUGGUUGUAUUCAUUAUUACAAACUGAAUUGAUUAUCUUGGUUAUUAUAAUAAUUAUCUUUAGACUAAUCAAAUGCUGUAUGAAUUGUUUCUCUAGCAUUUCUAAGCAAGCUCUUGUUUCCUCAGAAGAACAUAAAAUUAUGUGUCUUGAAGAAAUCAAGUUUGUAGGGAACCCUAGCUUCACAUCUUGAGGUAGUCUUUUGGAAAUGCCAACUUUUUCCUCCAAAUGUUGCCUUGCUCUGCACAUGCCCCAACUAGAAGGUCGCAGAAGCAGAGUGAGCUGUGGCAUGGUGAAGCAGAUUAUCUAUGUUAUAAUAUAUACAGAAGAAAAGCACCCAUAGAGUAAGCCCAUGCAGAAAAAAAAUCACUCUUACAAUUGUCAUCAAGGAAUCUCUGUGGAGAUUCAUGAUCCGAAUGGGGGGAAUGUGAAAGAGCACCUGAAAACUGAGGUACUUGGCAUAACUAGGUGACUGACACAGGUCUGGAAUGAAACUUCCAGUUGCUCUAUAUCACUUUUUUUCUUCUGCUUUCAGAAUAUGAGUGAAUAUGUGGUCAAGCUUACUUAAGACUGUGAAAAAAAUGUUGUAUUCUCAGAAAGAAUACUCAUAACUAAUGUAUAACAAAGUUACAGUUCAUGGUUAAAUAAGUGAUAAGAAUGUUGUGGGAAGGGAAGGACAAGAAUGUUCCCCCAAAAAAUGUUUCUGUAAGAUUGUUUUCAGAAAACUGCUAACUAACACAGUUUGCCUCCAGGAAACCUAUGAUUAACUGACAUUGUCAAAAGUUUACUUGAGACUCAUGUUACCCCAGCCCUUCCAUGUUGUUGUAGUUAAGUGCCCUCGAGUCAGUUCCAACUCAUAGUGACUCUAUGCACAACAGAACAAAACACUGCCUGGUCCGGAGCCAUCCUUACAAUCGUUGUUAUGCUUGAGCUCAUCGUUGCAGCCACUGUAUCAAUCCACCUCGUUGAGGGUCUUCCUCUUUUCCGCUGGCCCAGUAAUCUGCCAAGCAUGAUGUCGUUCUCCAGGGACUGAUCCCUCCUGACAACAUGUCCAAAGUAUGUAACACGCAGUCUCACCAUCCUUGCCUCUAAGGAGCUUUCUGGCUGUACUUCUUCUAAGACAGAUUUAUUCGUUCUUUUGGCAGUCCAUGGUGUAUUCAAUAUUCUUCUCCAACACCACAAUUCAAAGGUGUCAAUUCUUCUUUGGCCUUCCUUAUUCGUUGUCCAGCUUUCACAUGCAUAUGAUGCAAUUGAAAAUACCAUGGCUUGGGUCAGGUGCACCUUAGCCUUCAAGGUGACAUCUUUGCUCUGCAAAGCGUUAAAGAAGUCCUUUGCAGCAGAUUUACCCAAUGCAAGGCAUCUUUUGAUUCCUUGACUGCUGCUUCCAUGGUUGUUGAUUGUGGAUCCAGGUAAAAUGAAAUCCUUGACAACUUCAAUUUUUUCUCCGUUUAUCCUGAUGUUGCUCAUUGGUCCACUUGUGAGGAUUUUUGUUUUCUUUAUGUUGAGGUGCAAUCUAUACUGAAGGCUGUGGUCUUUGAUCUUCACUAGUAAGUGCUUCAAGCCCUCUUCACUUUCAGCAAACAAGGUUUUGUCAUCUGCAUAACGCACGUUGUGAAUGAGUCUUCCUCCAAUCCUGAUGCCCCAUUCUUCGUCAUAUAGUCCAGCUUCUUGGAUUAUUUGCUCAGCAUACAGAUUGAAUAGGUAUGGUGAAAGAAUAUAACCCUGAAGCACACCUUUCCUGACUUUAAACCAAUCAGUAUCCCCUUGUUCUGUUCGGACAACUGCCUCUUGAUCUAUGUAAAGGUUCCUCAUGAGCACAGUUAAGUGUUCUGGAAUUCCCAUUCUUCACAAUGUUAUCCAUAAUUUGUUAUGAUCCAUACAGUCAAAUGCCUUUGCAUAGUCAAUAAAACACAGGCAAACAUCCUUCUGGUAUUCUCUGCUUUCACCCAGGAGGCAUCUGACAUCAGUAAUGAUAUCCGUGGUUCCACGUCCUCUUCUGAAACCGGCCUGAAUUUCUGGCAGUUCCCUGUUGAUGUACUGCUGCAGCCAUUUUUGAAUGAUCUUCAGCAAAAUUUUGCUUGCGUGUGAUAGUAAUGAUAUUGUUCUAUGAUUUCCACAUUUGGUUGGAUCACCUUUCUUGGGAAUAGGCAUAAAUAUGGAUCUCUUCCAGUCAGUUGGCCAGGAAGCUGUCUUCCAUAUUUCUUGGCAUAGACAAGUGAGCACCUCCAGUGCUGCAUCCAUUUGUUGGAACAUCUCAAUUGAUAUUCCAUCAAUUCCUGGAGUCUUGUUUUUCGCCAAUGCCUUCAGAGCCGCUUGGACUUCUUCCUUCAGUACCACCAGCUUCUGAUCAUAUGCCACCUCUUGAAAUGGUUGAACAUUGACUAAUUCUUUCUGGUAUAAUGAUUCUGUGUAUUCCUUCCAUCUUCUCUUGAUGCUUCCUGCAUCAUUUAGUAUUUUCCCCAUAGAAUCCUUCACUAUUGCAACUCGAGGCUUGAAUUUUUUCUUCAGUUCUUUCAGCUUGAGAAACGCCAAGUGUGUUCUUCUGUUUUGGUUUUCCAUCUCCAGCUGUUUGCAUAUGUCAUUAUAAUACUUUGUCUUCUCGAGCCACCCUUUGAAAUCUUCUGUUCAGUUCUUUUACUUCUUCAAUUCUUCCUUUUGCUUUAGCUGUUCCAAGUUUGAGGGCAAGUUUCAGAGUCUCUUCUGACAUCCAUCUUGUUCUUUUCUUUCUUUCCUGUCUUUUCAGUGACCUCUUGCUUUCUUCAUUUAUGAUGCCCUCGAUGUCAUUCCACAACUCGUCUGGUCUUCAGUCACUAGUGUUCAAUGCAUCAACUCUGUUCUUCAGAUGGUCUCUAAAUUCAGGCGGGAUAUAAUCAAGGUCAUAUUCUGGCUUUCGUGGGCUUGCUCUGAUUUCUUCAGUUUCAGCUUGAACUUGCCUAUGAGUAAUUGAUGGUCUGUUCCACAGUCGGCCCCUGGCCUUGUUCUGACUGAUGAUAUUGAGCUUUUCCGUCGUCUCUUUCCACAGUUGUGGUCAAUUUGAUUUCUGUGUGUUCCAUCUGGCAAGGUCCAUAUGUAUAGUUGCCGUUUAUGUUGGUGAAAGAAGGUAUUUGCAAUGAAGAAGUCGUUGGUCUUGCAAAAUUCUAUCAUUCGAUCUCCAGCAUUGUUUCUAUCCCCAAAGCCGUAUUUUCCAACUACUGAUCCUUUUUUGUUUACAAUUUUCACAUUCCAAUUGCCAGUAAUUAUCAAUGCAUCCUGAUUACAUGUUUGAUCAAUUUCAGACUGCAGAAGCUGAUAAAAAUCUUCUAUUUCUUCAUCUUUGGCCUUAGUAGUUGGUGUGUAAAUUUGAAUAAUAGUGGUAUUAACUGGUCUUCCUUGUAGGUGUAUGGGUAUUAUCCUAUCACUGACAGCAUUGUACUUCAGGAUAGAUCUUGAAAUGUUCUUUUUGGUGAUGAAUGCAACACCAUUCCUCUUCAAGUUGUCAUUCCCAGCACAGUAGACUACAUGAGUGUCCAAUUCAAAAUGGCCAAUACCAGUCCAUUUCAGCUCAUUAAUGACUAGGAUAUCGAUGUUUAUGCAUUCCAUUUCAUUUUUUACAAUUUCUAGUUUUCCUAGAUUCAUACUUCAUACAUUCCAGGUUCCGACUAUCAGUGGCUAUUUGCAGCUGUUUCUUCUCAUUUUGAGUCGUGCCACAUCAGCAACUGAAGGUCCCGAAAGCUUUACUCCAUCCAUGUCAUUAAGGUUGACUCUACUUUGAGGAGGCAGCUCUUCCCCAGUCAUCUUUUGAGUGCCUUCCAACCCAGGGAGCUCAUCUUCCAGCACAUAUCAGACAAUGUUCCGCUGCUAUUCAUAAGGUUUUCAAUGGCUAAUGCCUUUCAGAAGUAGACUGCUGGGUCCUUCUUCCUAAUCUGUCUUAGUCUGGAAGCUCAGCUGAAACCUGUCCUCCAUGGGUGACCCUGCUGGUAUCUGAAUACCGGUGGCAUAGCUUCCAGCAUCACAGUAACACACAAGCCCCACAGUACGAAAAACUGACAGACACAUAGGGGAGCCCUCAUAUACUCAUGUGUAACCCCCAGCCCUCUUGUAUAAAGAUCCCUUUCCCCUUUCAGACUUCGUCACACUUGGUAUCUUGCCAAGUGUUUCCCAGCUUCAGCUGUAAUAAAUCCUCAAUAAAACUUUAUCAUGGUUUAGAUUUCUGGUUGUUUUUACAUUUUCACAAAUUUCUAUUGGGAAAGUAUUAGAUCAUGUGGUAGAUGUAUAUUUAACUUCAAAGACACUGCCAAGCUGCUUUCCAAAGAGGCUGAACUACUUUACAUUUCCACCAGCAGUGUAUGAGGGAUACAGUUCCUCCAUAUCCUCUCCAAGAGUUGGUACGGUCAGACUUUUAAAUUUUAUCCAUUCUGACAGUUACAUAGUGAUAUCUCAUAGUGGUUUUAAUUUUCACUUUCCUACUGAAUGAAUAAUGAUGUUGAACAUAUUUUCACGUGCAUCUACUUUGGUGCAGUAUACAUUCAAACAUUUUGCCCAUUUUUAAACUGCUUUCCUAAUUGAUGAGUUUUGAGAGUUCUUUAAUAUAUAUUUCGGAUACAAGUCUUUUAUCAGAUAAAUGCUUUCUUCUAUUCUCUGGCUUGUAUUUUCAUUCUCUUACCAGUGUCUUUUUAACAGUAGAUCUUUGUAAUUUUUAUGAAAUCCAAUUUAUUCUUUUAAGAAUCAUGACUUAGGUGUCAUAUAUAAGUAAUCUUUUUACAUGCCUGUCAGUUUGUCGUACUGUGCUGGCUUGCUCCCAAAAAAAAAUAAAGCCCUGGCCUGGACGGCUUCACUGCAGAGUUCUACCUAACUUUCAGAGAAGAGUUAACACCACUGCUACUAAAGCUAUUUCAAAGCAUAGAAAAUGAUGGAAUACCACCUAACUCAUUCUAUGAAGCCACCAUAUCCCUGAUACCAAAACCAGGUAAAAAAAAAAAAAACACACACAAAAAAAGAAAA